AUGUCUUGCCACGCCGAGCACGAGAGCCACGGCGGUCAUGGCCAUGACCACGACCACGAACAUGAUCAUACGGACGAUAUCACACCGGCGCUGCAAUACAGCUUAUAUCAACACAUUGAUUUCGAUGGGAUCAACACCAUGAACGAGGCGCAAGUCGACUCUGGAAAAGCCGUGGUGAAGAAGACGUGGGCCGAGCGUUUAGAGGCCGAGCCGGAGCUCGAGAGCGAUGCGGAUGAGCAGAUCCUUAUGACAAUCCCGUUCACAGGGCAAGUCAAACUCCACUCCAUCCUCCUACGCACAUCCGCCUCGGACAGCGCGCCGCGGUCCCUCAAACUCUUCAUCAACCGCGACUCGCUGGACUUCGACAUGGCCGAGGAGCUGCCGCCAACCCAAACCCUAGAGCUAUCGCAGACCUCCGAAGUCCAGGAACUGCCCGUGAAGCGCGCGCUUUUCAGUAAGGUCCGGCACCUGACGCUGUUCUUCGAGGACAACUUCGGGGACGGCGAAGAGGAUGUUACGAGGAUUAGCUAUAUCGGGUUCAAGGGCGAGUGGAUGCAGCUCGGGCGCGCGCCGGCGCAGAUCUUGUACGAAGCUGCGCCGAACCCUAAUGACCACGCUGUGAAAGGGACAGGGGUGAAUCGUAUGGGUGAAGAUGUUGGACGGGGGGCUUAA